AAGGCUGCUUUAUUUACUACCGGGGGAGCGUCUUCUCUGUUUGGGAUUGUUUAGUUUCUGCUUUUAGGUGUCAGUCUCAUGUGCUAACAGCUAUAAACUUAUAGUUUCAAGCAGAAGUUGGGGAACAGUCCGAGGAAAACAUCCGCUGAGAGUUGACGAGAGUUUCUCCUCAUGUCGGCCAGGAGCAACGGCGUGGAGUGGGUCGAGACCACCGAGGAGGUUGUUGUAACGGAGGAGAGCCUCCCAGCUGAAAACAGCAGCCCUGCAGUGAUACCAGUUUUCGAAGCAGCAGAAACACCAAUUCAGAAGUUACUGGACACUGUGGGACAUGGAGACAACCCAGAGAGUGAAAAUGGCUUUUACUGUGAGGAGUGUCUGACUCUCUUCCAGGACCAGAGUGAUCCUGAUAACAUCAAUGGCCCGUCUUUUAUUAUUGACUUUCCAACGUGCAUGGGCGUCCCGCAGAGGGCCCUGCUCACUUUACCCUACGGCCUGAUGGUAGGCAGGUCCAGCAUUCCCUGUGCAGGAGUUGGAGUCAUAAAUCAUGGACCCAUAGUGUUUCCUGGGAUGCAUUUUGGGCCGUAUGAGGGGGAAAUGACGACACGGGAACAUGCCAUGUCGAGUGACUUCUCCUGGGAGAUUUGCAAAGGGAAAGAUGAGCAUGAGUACAUUGAUGCUGCUAAAGAAUCCCAGUCAAACUGGAUGAGGUACGUCAACUGCGCUCGCAACAAAGACGAGACAAACCUGUUGGCCAUCCAGUACAAAAGCAGCAUCCUUUAUCACUGCUGCCGGACCAUUCACACCGGAGACGAGCUCCUGGUGUGGCCCAGCAGCAGAAUGCUCACUCAUUUUAGUGAAGCUUGGACCCAGAUGUGGUUUCUGAAGUUGAAUGCAGCAGAGAACAACUUCUCCUCCACAUCUCAGAUCUUCCUGUGCUCCCACUGUCCGCUGUCCUUCACCACCGAGGCCUUCCUCCAGCGACACACAGAAUGCUUCCACGCUGAGCCCAAAGCAGCUGAAAAUGAAGACCAGACCUCCGGUGCCGACUCAGACCAACCUGCAGCAUCUUUAGUCGUGCUGUCUGUCGAUUCCGUCGAUGCCAAAACGUGCGACGACUGCGGGAAGAGUUUCAAGCAAAUCCCUCACCUCAGGAGACACAAGCUGUGCGUCCACUCCAACAGACGGCCCUACUGCUGCCCACACUGCAGGCGGAGUUUCAGUCAGGCGUCUGGUUUAAUCAGACACCAGCUAGUUCACAGGAAGCAAGCUGUGGUGAAAGCUCCUGAUGAGGAAGAACUCCUGGACGAACAGGAGAGCGAGACGCAGAGGUUGGAGCUUUUUAACGCUGCAGAUCCGGCUGUAUCCGAGGAGAUAAAGGAACUGAACGCAAGUGAGAAUCUACAAGAAGCUAUGGAUGUAGCUGACGUUGCAAACACUUCUGCAGACGAAGCAGGAACACCCCAGUGGAGCUGCUCAGACUGCAGUAAAAGCUUCACGAAUGAAGCGUCCCUGAAGAAGCACAAGGUGACCGUCCACGAGAGGCUGCGUCCGUACGUCUGCACCGUGUGUCAGAAAUGCUUCGGCCAGUACAACGACCUGACCAGACAUCUGCAGCGUCACCAGAAACAGAACAAGAGACAGGGGGCAACGAAUGAGGAUCCAGAGGAGUCGGCCACCAUGAUGCCCUUUAGCUGUGCUGAGUGUUUGUUAGCUUUCCCUUCUGUGGAAAACCUCCAGCAGCACAUAAACGAGCAUCACUCCGAGGACGCCGCAGCUGAAAACCAAGAAGAGUCGAUGCUUCCCACUCAGAGACCCCAGCGGCUCGGAGCUAGAUCGAAAGUUUCUGCCAUAACAAAGCUCAUAGCGCCAAAACGAAAGGCGGCUAGUCCUGGUACUGCCGAGAGGAGCUCAGAAUCAGAGGCUAAGCUAACCAAAUACAAAUGGUUCAGCUGCAACCGCUGCAAGAAAACGUACGGAAACCCAGACGACCUCAAAGCCCAUAAGUGCACUUUGAGGCAGCACAAGUGUGGACAGUGUGGGGCAACUUUUAGCAAAUCUGGUUUCCUAAAAAGACAUGAGCAGACGGUGCAUGUGAAGACCAAACCUUCCAGCUGCGAGCGCUGCGGUAAAACCUUCACGACGUCUGGGAACCUUAAGCAGCACCAGAAGAGCAACACGUGUAUGAAGUAUCACUGCACGUCAGAGCUUUUCCCAUGCUCCUUCUGCCAGUUCUCCUUCACCGUGAAGAGCUACCUUAUUAAACACAUCAAGAGGCAUCACCCGGUCGAGUUCCUGUCUCACUGCGAUUCAGACAGUUUAAUGGAUCAGCUGGAGGAAGAGGAGGGCCAGAAGGAGUUUACGUGUCCUCAGUGUGGAAAAACGUGCACAGACACCAAAGCUUUCAAAUCUCACACGUGCUUCAGGCAGGUGAAGGUUCUGUAUUUGUGCACCGAGUGCGGGAAAGGCUUCACCAACCACUACGGCCUGAAGCAGCACCAGCGGGUUCACACGGGGGAGAAACCGUACAGCUGCCCCCACUGCAACAAGAGCUUCUCCUACGUGGGCCAGCUCAACGUGCACCUGAGGACUCAUACCGGGGAGAAGCCCUACCUGUGCACCCACUGCGGGGAGAGCUUCAGGCAGUCUGGAGACCUGAAGAGACACGAGAGGAAGCACACGGGGGUGAGACCCUACAGCUGCCCCGAGUGCAGCAAAAGCUUCAGCCGGCCGCAGAGCCUCAAAGCUCACCAGAUGCUUCACCUGGGGCAGAAGAUGUUCAAAUGCACACAGUGUGGGAAGAGCUUCUCCCGGAGCUACCAUCUCAGGAGACAUCAUCAGAAGAUGCACAUGUGAUUUGGAACAAUCAAUCAUCACCAUUGAAUUGCACUAAAUACUUCCAGACUGCACGUUAUUUAAAUUUGCUUAAAACUGAAGCAUUUAAGAUCCAAAUAAUACAUAUUUAUGUUACUGAAAACAUUUGAUAUCCUGCAAGUAAGGAAAAAAAGUAAAAACAGAUCAGCUUUUUGUUUCCGUCUGCUUGCUUUCAGAAUAAAAACACCCGCCUGGA